CUCCCACUUUCCAACCCCGCCCGCGCCUGGUGGUGAGGGCCUCGAGGCGGGCUCGGAGGUGUUUAGAGAGCGAGCCUGGCAUCGCGUGAGAGGAGGGCAAGGCCCUGGGAACGCGCCGCCGCGCAGGCAGGGUCGGAAGCUGGCGGGGGCAACUCCUGGGUAUCUGUAGAGUCUCUUUAGCGUGGCUGCGUCUCUUCUGCGGCCCCGACAGCCUCCUGUGAGCUUUCCCACUCCCCCCCUCCGCUCCCACGGACCGUCGGGUUCCGGGACUUUUCUGUGCCCGAUACCCCCCACUCCCCACCCCAUCCCAUCUCCUGCACUUGAAGAAGGACCCCUCUACUGGAGGCGACUCGCCUGGCUGCUGACGCGGUUUUCUUCUCCCGCAGACCGCACAUGCCCUGAAGUGGCUUGCCAUGACCCUCGUGUGAACUUGUGAGAGAUUUUUGACAGUUUCUAGAGGCCUAUGGUAAAUGUUUAUAAGUGCGCAUGGCCGUGUGUGUAUCUGUGGCUAUCUGCAAAACCUGAGCUUGGAGAACCCUAGUCUGCAUUUGAUAUUGUAUCCUAAUUUUCUGACCCAGUGGUGCUUGCCAUUAUGGGAAAUCAGCUUGCUGGCAUUGCUCCUUCCCAGAUCCUUUCUGUGGAGAGUUAUUUCUCAGACAUCCAUGACUUUGAAUAUGAUAAGAGCCUGGGGAGUACUCGUUUUUUUAAAGUUGCUCGAGCAAAGCACCGUGAAGGCCUGGUGGUUGUGAAGGUCUUUGCCAUUCAGGAUCCCACAUUGCCUUUAACCAGCUAUAAACAAGAGCUGGAGGAACUGAAAAUCAGGCUUCAUUCUGCACAGAACUGUCUGCCUUUCCAGAAAGCGUCAGAAAAAGCAUCUGAGAAAGCAGCCAUGCUGUUUAGGCAGUAUGUGCGAGACAACCUCUAUGAUCGCAUCAGUACUCGCCCAUUCUUAAAUAACAUUGAGAAGCGCUGGAUUGCUUUCCAGGUUCUGACAGCUGUGGACCAAGCACACAAAUCUGGAGUCCGUCAUGGAGACAUCAAGACUGAAAAUGUGAUGGUCACUAGUUGGAAUUGGGUUCUUCUAACUGAUUUUGCCAGUUUUAAACCCACUUAUCUUCCAGAGGAUAACCCAGCAGAUUUCAACUAUUUUUUUGAUACUUCACGGAGGAGAACUUGCUAUAUUGCUCCUGAACGUUUUGUUGAUGGUGGUAUGUUUGCCACUGAGUUAGAAUACAUGAGAGAUCCAUCCACUCCACUUGUAGACUUAAAUAGUAAUCAGAGAACAAGAGGAGAGUUGAAGAGAGCAAUGGACAUCUUUUCUGCAGGUUGCGUGAUCGCUGAGCUUUUUACAGAAGGUGUACCACUCUUUGAUCUCUCUCAGCUUUUGGCUUAUAGAAAUGGACAUUUUUUUCCUGAGCAAGUGCUAAAUAAAAUUGAAGAUCACAGUAUCAGAGAAUUGGUAACUCAGAUGAUUCACCGUGAGCCAGAUAAACGUUUAGAGGCAGAAGAUUACUUAAAACAGCAGCGUGGAAAUGCCUUUCCUGAAAUAUUUUACACUUUUCUUCAGCCCUACAUGGCCCAGUUUGCCAAGGAAACGUUUCUCUCUGCAGAUGAGCGUAUUCUGGUUAUACGGAAGGAUUUGGGCAAUAUUAUUCACAAUCUCUGUGGACGUGAUUUACUAGAAAAAGCAGAAGGAGAGCCUAAGGAAAAUGGGCUGGUUAUCUUGGUGUCUGUUAUAACAUCUUGCCUACAGACUCUUAAGUACUGUGAUUCCAAACUUGCAGCUUUGGAACUUAUUCUCCAUUUGGCCCCUCGAUUAAGUGUAGAAAUCCUUUUGGAUCGUAUUACUCCUUAUCUUUUGCAUUUCAGCAAUGACACUGUUCCCAGAGUGAGGGCUGAAGCCUUGAGGACGUUGACCAAAGUUCUUGCUCUUGUAAAAGAGGUUCCUCGCAAUGAUGUCAAUAUCUAUCCAGAAUAUAUUCUGCCAGGCAUAGCCCACUUAGCCCAAGAUGAUGCUACUAUUGUUAGACUAGCCUAUGCAGAAAACAUAGCACUGUUGGCAGAAACAGCUCUGAGAUUCUUGGAAUUAGUACAGUUAAAAAAUCUCAAUAUGGAAAAUGACCCAAAUAGUGAAGAAAUAGAUGAAGUUACACAUCCCAAUGGAAAUUAUGACACAGAACUCCAAGCCUUACAUGAAAUGGUCCAGCAGAAAGUUGUCACUUUGCUAAGUGACCCUGAAAAUAUUGUGAAACAAACUUUGAUGGAAAAUGGAAUAACACGGCUUUGUGUAUUCUUUGGACGUCAGAAAGCCAAUGAUGUCUUGUUGUCACACAUGAUUACUUUCCUAAAUGAUAAGAAUGAUUGGCAUCUGCGUGGAGCUUUUUUUGAUAGUAUAGUUGGUGUUGCUGCCUAUGUUGGCUGGCAGAGCUCAUCAAUUCUCAAACCCCUGUUACAACAAGGUCUUAGUGAUGCUGAGGAAUUUGUUAUAGUGAAGGCUCUUAAUGCCCUUACCUGUAUGUGCCAGUUAGGGCUGCUACAGAAGCCCCAUGUCUACGAAUUUGCCAGUGAUAUUGCUCCCUUCUUGUGUCAUCCCAAUCUAUGGAUACGCUAUGGUGCUGUGGGAUUUAUUACGGUGGUAGCUGAUCGAAUUAGCACAGCUGAUGUCUACUGCAAACUGAUGCCUUACCUUGAGCCAUAUAUUACCCAGCCAAUAAUACAGAUUGAAAGAAAACUUGUUCUACUCAGUGUUCUAAAAGAGCCAGUAAAUCGUUCUAUAUUUGAUUAUGCUUUGCGGUCUAAAGAUAUUACAAGCUUGUUCAGACAUCUUCACAUGCGUCAGAAGAAGCGAAAUGGGUCUCUUCCUGACUGCCCUCUGCCUGAGGAUCCUGCCAUAGCACAACUUCUGAAGAAAUUGCUCUCACAGGGAAUGACUGAGGAAGAGGAAGAUAAACUUCUGUCAUUGAAAGACUUCAUGAUGAAAUCUAACAAAGCAAAGGCCAAUAUAGUGGACCAGAGCCAUCUUCAUGAUACUAGUCAGAAAGGUGUAAUUGACUUGGCAGCCGUAGGGAUAACUGGGAGACAAGUUGAUCUUGUUAAAACUAAACAGGAAGCAGAGGACAAGCGGGCUAGAAAACAUGUAAAACCAGACUCAAAUGUGAACGAAGAAUGGAAAAGCAUGUUUGGGUCACUGGAACCACCGAACAUCCCACAGGCCCUACCCAAAGGUAGCGACCAGGAGGUGAUUCAGACUGGGAAGCCGCCUCGUUCUGAGUCCUCUGCUGGCAUAUGUGUUCCUUUGUCAACUUCUCCUCAGGUUCCAGAAAUGACAAAUGUUCAAAAUAGAAAACCAACCAUACAGGUUUUAAGUAGUACAGUUUUACCAUCCCCCUACCAGAUUCGGAACACCACUUGUAAAACUGAACUUCAACAACUCAUACAACAAAAGCGGGAGCAGUGCAAUGCUGAGAGGAUAGCCAAGCAGAUGAUGGAAAAUGCUGAAUGGGAGAGUAAACCACCACCACCUGGGUGGCAUCCCAAAGGGCUACUGGUUGCACAUCUUCAUGAACACAAAUCGGCUGUGAAUCGAAUUAGAGUCUCUGAUGAGCACUCACUCUUUGCAACAUGUUCAAAUGAUGGUACAGUGAAAAUCUGGAACAGUCAAAAAAUGGAAGGGAAGACCACAACUACCAGAUCUAUUCUUACAUAUAGCCGAAUUGGAGGACGUGUCAAGACACUCACAUUCUGCCAGGGUUCUCACUACUUAGCCAUAGCAUCUGAUAAUGGUGCUGUCCAGCUUCUUGGAAUUGAGUCUUCUAAGCUGCCCAAGUCUCCUAAAAUUCAUCCUCUACAAAGCAGAAUUCUAGACCAGAAGGAGGAUGGCUGUGUGGUGGAUAUACAUCACUUCAACUCUGGUGCGCAGUCCGUUUUGGCUUAUGCCACUGUGAAUGGUUCUCUGGUUGGCUGGGACCUCAGGUCUUCAAGCAAUGCGUGGACAUUAAAGCAUGAUUUAAAGUCGGGCCUCAUCACUUCCUUUGCUGUGGAUAUCCACCAGUGCUGGCUCUGCAUUGGUACAAGCAGCGGUACCAUGGCUUGUUGGGACAUGAGGUUUCAGUUGCCAAUUUCCAGUCACUGUCAUCCUUCCAGGGCUCGAAUCAGACGCCUCUCAAUGCAUCCUCUGUAUCAGUCUUGGGUGAUUGCAGCUGUUCAGGGCAACAAUGAAGUAUCUAUGUGGGAUAUGGAGACUGGUGACAGAAGAUUUACUCUCUGGGCCAGCAGUGCACCGCCUCUUUCUGAGCUACAGCCUUCUCCUCACAGUGUCCAUGGUAUCUACUGUAGUCCUGCAGAUGGAAAUCCUAUCCUGCUAACAGCUGGCUCAGACAUGAAAAUAAGGUUUUGGGACUUAGCUUAUCCAGAGAGAUCCUAUGUUGUUGCAGGAAGUACUAGUUCCCAGUCUGUGUCCUACUACAGGAAAAUAAUUGAAGGUACCGAAGUUGUUCAGGAAAUUCAGAAUAAGCAGAAGGUAGGACCAAGUGAUGACACCCCUCGGAGAGGCCCAGAAUCUCUGCCUGUGGGACAUCAUGACAUUAUCACGGAUGUCGCCACGUUCCAGACAACACAGGGUUUCAUCAUAACGGCUUCUAGAGAUGGGAUUGUUAAGGUGUGGAAAUAAAAACCUAGUGAUCUGUAUAAUUUUUAAUAAAAUUGUAAAUAUAUAACUGAGAAAAGGUAUUUCUAGAAACAGAAGUUAACAGCAAAUUUGUUUCCUUAAUUUUCCAAAAUCAUGUCUCUAUUUUACGGUUUCAUGAUUAAACACAUAUCCCACCCAAGGUGGUUAAGGCAGUUGCACUUGGCUAGUUUGUCUUUGUAUAUAUCACUGCAGUAAUCUGUGUGACAAUAGUGUCUCUGUGACAUUUUAUUGUAUAUGUCCCGGAGGUGAGGAAUUUAUGAUGCUAAGACCUAUUGAUCUGAAUUUACUUUGUAUAGAAAAGAUGGUUGUAAGCUAUAAUAUAAACUUUUUUUUUUGCUAUUAAAAAUGCUAUUUAAACAAACCAAUAAACUAUAUCCAAAGAGGUUUUGUUUGUAUUUAGUGAUGUUUUUAACAGUAACAUUUAACAGGAAUAAAAUCUCUAGCAGCAUUUGUUCUGAGGUGAAGAAAGGGACUUGGAAUCACAAGGAAUCAGUGACAGAACUAGGCAUUCUGUCUGAAUCUCUGGAUGCUCAGUGUUAAGCUCUUUUUGCUUUGCUGUCUUUAUCCCUCUCUCUUCCUCUAUGUUCUAUAGUUUGCCUCAUUAGUUAUUUAGCAUGGAAGACUUGAUAGGCUGUGUAUCAGUUCUAGAGAAAUAUGUCACUGCAUGGCUAUUGUCACUAUUUUUUAUAGACUCUACUGUAAAUUCGGCAGUUUGGCCCAUCAGCUUGCCCUUAUUCAGUGCAGAUUAUUAUUUUUUUAAAUUCAUGAAAAAGAAAAAAAUAAAAAUGAUUAAGCUGUUAAAAAUAUGUCAGAAAUAAAUGUUAGCAGCUGACUGCUGUGGACUAGGAAAGACAGAGAGGCCCUCCACCCAGAGAAAAGAGGGGAACAUGGCACAGUUCUGAUCCAACUGUUGACUGGUGAAGUUGACCCUCUUGGUCAUUCAGCUUUGAUCCCUUCCAGGCAGGAGCCCGGGGCACCCACUCCACCAUUUGUUUCCACACACACAGUAAUUGUGGUGAGUGAGUGACUGAACUGGGCUGCAGCUCCUGGAGUGCAUCCCCCACUCUCAAGGCCAAUAGCUUCUGGUUGGCCUGGACCCUGUCAGGUUGGCUGCUAUGGAUAGAGUCAGGCAAGCCCUCCCACCCAGGAACAGACGGGUGCUUGGCAUAGUUUUGAUCCAACUGUUGUUCAGUGAAAUUGGACUACAGGGUCCCGUAGCCUUGGUCUUUGGCUUGGACAGAUGCUCAGAGCACCAUGGUGCCAUUAUUACCACUCAUCACAGAAACAAAGAGGACAGAGGACCAAAAAACCUUUGUAGGGCUGUGGGAAAUAGUUUGCUAAAGAGUGCCAUCUGCUGGGAAGGCUGGGGAAGUGCAGUCUUGGGAAGCUAAUUUCCUGACCCUCUCUCCAGGGCCUUUUAGAACUAGUCUGCAUACUUGUGUGGGACCCUGGCCCUGUUUUGGCUGGGAAGUACUGAUGAACUGAGUGCCAAAGAAGACCUUUAACAUAAACCCAAUUGACAUCAAAAUCUUAGGUAAGAUAGAUAGGGAAAUCAACUUUCAGAAUAAGCUUAUCAAGAUAAUCAGAUGCCCAGAUACCGGCAAAAAAUUGCAAGGCAUACUAAGCAAAAUUAAGAUAUGACCAAGCUAAAUGAUCAAAUUUAAAUGACAGCGGAGAUGCAGAAGUUGAAACAACUAAUCAAGGAUGUUCAAACAAAUCUAAAAAAAUUCAAUGAGAUGGCUAAAAAGAUAAAAGAUAUAAAGAAGACACUAGGACAGCAUAAAGAAGAAUUUGAGAGAAUACAUUGAAAAAUAACAGAGCUUCUGGAAAUGAGAGACACUGUAGAUGAAAUUAAACAUAUACUAGAAACACACAAUAGCAGAAUUGAACAGGAAGAAGGGACCAGCAAGCAAGAAGACAGAGCAACUGAA